UGGAAUUCCUCAUUACUACUCCGGCAGUCAGUUGGUUAGGUUCCUAGUAGGAGAAAAACACCAGCUGAGAAAAAAUUACAAAAUUCCCAUAUUCAAAAUUUAAAAAAGUUUUUUUUGGACUUACAAAUUUUUUGGCAAAAUGAGCCGACCGGAGUUCAACUGGGAAUACAGCCAUGGUGGAAACCUAGCUCAGCAGAGUCCUUACCGACAGAGCCUGAGCGCUGAUGCCGGCGGUGGCCGUCAGUGGUUGCACUCGAACCAGGCUCAAACCCAAGCCUUCAUGGAUGCCUCCCCGCGUAUGUCUAACCACCCCCAAUCCUCGCCCUCCGAUCCAUUCUCCGGCUACAAUCAAUCCAUAAUGAAUCAGUAUUCGAACUACAAGCCAAACUACGGAAGUUCCCAAAUGUUUGAAUCAAUGGUCCAAAACCCGACGCCAAGUCCUGGUUACAACAGAUCCAUGGGCAUGAGCGAGUUCUCGAACUCGGGCAUGCAAAAUAAUGGACUCGGCGGUGGCAUGAGUAGUCGCUCUAGACGUGGUCGAUUAGCUGGCGGCUUUGCUGGCAGAAACGGUCUCAACGAUCACCACCUGCCCCAAGCUCAUCAAGGGAGCUGGUUCUAGAUAAUCCAAGUGGUCCCCAUCAAUCGGUUAUAUUCAUUUCAAUGGCUUUUCGGCAUUAGUUUGGACAAGAGUUUUAUAUGUCAAAUUUGGCAGGAAAUAGUAAUAAAGCAAAAAGAACAUCUAA